CAUAAUGUCUGGUAGAACUUAAAAUUCUUAAGAUCUCAGCCCGACGGUGAGGGAUGAGCGACACGGAGACUCUCCUUGAGGCGGCGCUCGAGGUACUAAACACGGCGGAUCCCAUACAAAAGGCCAGGCUCGGCGAGGCCGCCGCCAAACGCUGGCUGCAAGGCGAAAUCUCCGUCCCUUUCCGUCAAGAUGACGAUCUCCCCAUUCCCAAUCGCCCCGCCCGUCUCUCCAGUGUGAAGCUGGUGGCUCCCAGUCUAAUGCCUAAGCUGGGGAAAGGGGGAAGCUUGCAGAGCCGCCUGGCCAUGCUGCACAGCCUCGUUCACACGGAGAGCUGGGCAAUCGAUCUCUCAUGGGACAUCAUUGCUCGAUUCGGAAGGAAAGAAUCGAUGCCGAAGGAUUUCUUCACCGAUUUCGUCAAAGUAGCCCAGGACGAAGGCCGACAUUUCGUAUUGUUGGCCAGGAGACUCGAGGAACUUGGUUCCUACUACGGUGCCUUUCCAGCUCACGAUGGUCUCUGGGAUUCUGCUAUCCAGACUUCCAACGAUCUCUCUGCUCGUCUUGCUGUUGAGCACUGCGUACAUGAGGCAAGAGGACUGGAUGUUCUUCCAACUACAAUCUCUCGUUUCCGCAAUGGAGGGGAUGAAGACACUGCGAACCUAUUAGAAACUGUUAUAUAUCCAGAAGAAAUUACUCACUGUGCAGCUGGUGUAAAAUGGUUCACCUAUCUAUGCCAAAGGAAAAUAAACGGUCAUCAAGAUUCAAAUAUAAGCUCUGUCUGCUUAAGUCCUGAAAAUUGGGCUCCUAAGGAACACUCAAAAGAAGAAGCUGUAAACGGUGGAAAGCAAAAUGUGGUGAUUGAGGCAUUUCAUGAUACUGUGAGGAGAUAUUUCAGAGGGCCGCUUAAGCCACCGUUCAAUGUGGAAGCGAGGAAAGCUGCAGGUUUUGGACCUGACUGGUAUGAGCCUUUAGCUAUCAGAGAGAUGAAGUUUUUUUAUUGAGGUUUCGUUUGGGAUAACUUUCUUACUGCUUCUUAAAGCAGCUUUUUAGUGUACUAGAAAGUUGCAUUAGGAAGCAUAAAAAAGCUGUCCCAAAUGAAGCCUGAUUCUUUUUCCUUUUAUGAAUUUUUUAUGAGUAUAGCUGAUUGAUUAUUGUCGUUAUUGCAUCAUAUGUUACUGUUUAUUUCUCGCUACACUUUUUAGGCCAAAUUUGGGUGUUUUCUGGGUUGGUAGGAAGAAACAAACCGUGAUGUUAGGAACGGCUUUUAACCUUGAUAUUUGAGGGGAUUAGGACACCAUUUUUGUCAGAAAUGCUUAUAAAUUGUUAUUUGACAAUGUCUGCA